AUGGCAGGUAAAUCCUAUGUGACCAAAGGCUACUCAACCUACACUGCCAUUCCGGCCCGAGGUCGUUAUGACCACGGGCCGAGAAACCCAGUCAACCAGUAUGCACCUGGUGCUGGGUUCACCGAUUUUGUUGGUUCGCCUUCAAAAAUGGAGCUCCUAAAUGAAUACGUUCAUUCCCCAACCAUGUCUAGUAGUCCAAAAUCUCCAAAUGUAGGUUUCAACCCGAACACUGGGUUCAACUAUGAGAACUCAAGCCCACCCAAAUUCCACAAUGAAGGAAAUUGGCCCAUGAAAAAUAGAGACACUUCGAGCCCAAAUAAACAUCUUCCUUCAAGUCCAAAUAAGUAUCAUUCAGAAGAAACCGAUUUGGUUCGUUCUGGACUCGGCUUUGCAGCCAGACAGAUUAGGAGUGGAAAUAUUUCUGGUACUAACAAAUCUGUACAGAGUCCACCUACGACGCAUCAUUCUCUUUCAACUAAGAUUGAUAAUAUAAACGAGGCUUUGGGCUUAUUGGAAUCCAUGAAGCAUUCUCCACGUUCAGAUCCAAGGCAAAAAGGAGUACUUGAUGAACUUUCCACACGUGCACAACCAACAGAACCACAGAAGCGCUAUGCACGACCUGCAUUUGUUGCUAAAACUAGCGACGUGUAUAGGAAGUAUUAUUGA